AUGCGAGCGCAAGACGCCCUUUCUCGUGAUCGGAACUCUAUUAUUCCGGUAAGUGCACUUUUUUUCGGUUUCAAAUGUUCGCUUUCAUUGAAAGUUUGUCCGAUGAUAUCGAAUCGAUUCAGAAAUCGAUUUCCACUACCCCAUCCGUAACGAUUCCAUCGAAAGAGGCGAGUUCGCAGUCGGGCUGGGAUUACUGGAGCCGUGUCUACUCGUCCGACGAGCCGUUCUCCUCCUCCUCCUCCUCGACCUCGUCUGGCCCCUUUCCGCAACCGCCGCACCGUGACAUCCGCAUCUCGGACAUGCUCCAAUCGGAGACUCUGGUCCGUGCCAAACUGCUCUUUCUCAACGUGCCCGGCCUUCCGAUCGCCCACAAAAACAUCAUCCGCAACCUGGUGCGUCGCGAGCUCCGCGAAGACAUCUCGAUGCAGGACGUGAUCGUCGCGCCCGGCAAGUGGUUCCUCAACUUUUACCGGCCGGAAGACGCGCUCCGCGUGCUCAAACUCUUCAACGGCUACGCGUACCGCAACCACUCGCUCGUCGUCCGAUUCUGCUAUCCGGACGGCACGUACGGCGACGAGAGUGCGCUCGCCGCGCUCGUCGAGUGCUCCAAAGCGGCCAAGGGACACAUGUUCGAGCAGAAGGAGAUUGUGCAGGAUGUGAGUGUGAUUGGAGCAACUGAUUCGAGCACACGGUUUGCAGAGCCUCUCGUCGGACUGCUGGACGUGGGCCGAGUACCAGGCGGUGCACAAGUUCGAGCGGGAGAUUGUGAAACUGCUGCAGUCGCACGCCUACUUGCCCUAUCACAAUGUGCUCCAAUCCAUGAGGACCAUGUUCGCGGGCACUCGAAAGUGAGUCACUAGUUGCCAAACUUUCCGGUUUUGUCGAUCUCAUAGAAACUCGUCUAAUUUGCAUAUUUUGCAGCUGUCCCGGUUCUCUGCUCAUCUCGGAAUCGUUGUCCGUCUGGCCGACGGGCUUCAUCCGCAUGUUCAGUCGAUGCGUGAAGGUGGUGGCGAACACGAUGUGCCUGUCGACGAGUCCCUACUACACCCAACGCAUUCACGAUUCGGCGAUGCAGGGCGGAUGCUCCGUGCACCGCAACUCGUGGGAACCGUUCGUUCCCGAGGACAUUCGUUGCGACGUGCAGCUGAGACAGUACGCCCACGCAUUCCUCACUCACUUUGGUCCCCAGCACCUUGAGGUCAGUCACACUCGUUUCAAUCAAUACAGUAACCCCCCCUGUUCCUCCCUCUCAGAUCGACGCUCCGAUCCGUCUGCUGGCCCAAUGCCUGCGUGGCACUUGGCCCAAAACGGGCCGUUCCCUGGCGGUCCUCUUCACCGAAAUCUCUCUCGAGUUCGUGAUCAUCAACUCAGUGCUCUACUUGUCCGCAUGCGAGAAUCAUCGCGACAAGAUCAUCGACAACCUGGCCGCCUUCCAGGACGACUGCUCCGACGUCUACUACCUCCCGCUCAGCUGCGUUUCCAAAGAGCAAAAGGUGAAAGUGGUCGACUACGAGGACCUGUGA